AUGACAGCCUGGUCUAAGUUUCUACCACUUCAUGGAAAGCCUCCAUCUGCUUUGAGUAUUGGUUUGAUGGUUUUCCUUCCAUUUCUUUUUCUAUUGAACAAGUUGAUCCCUAUUAAUGAUAAGAUGAGCUUAUCACCAAAAUCGAUAUUCAAUUUGGGCAGGCUCUCUAAUUAUCCUUUGAUCCAUCUAUCGUUGACACAUCUUAUUUUUAACAUGUUGGCGCUUUUUGGUCCUUUAAAUAUAUUUGAAGCCCAGCAUGGUACUGUGCAUACAGGAGUGUUUCUAAAUUUAUCAGCACUUUUAUCAGGGUUAAUGUACUGUAUCGUGGGGAAACUAAUUUAUCCCGAUGUUAGUGUUGCUGGUGCUAGCGGAUGGUGUUUUACGCUUUUUGGAUACUUCAGCGUAAAGGAAUCAACAGUAAAUCCUAGGUAUGAGAUUCGUGGAACAUCCUAUUCUUUUCCAACCCUCUAUAUGCCUUUUGUGAUGUUAGUAUUCAUUUCUUUGAUUAUACCAGGUGCAAGUUUCUGGGGACAUCUGUUUGGACUGCUAGUAGGUUAUUUCAUUGGUUUUAAGGAGUCCCUAUUUAGCAAAUUAAUGCCUCCAAGCUGGAUUAUCAUCAAGAUAGAAGCAAAAUUAGAUAGACUGAUUAAAUUGAUUCCAUCAUGGGUUAAAUACUAUAAAGAGGAAGAUAUGACGGGAAGAUCGACGACCGAGUAUACGUCUAUUUUCGGCACAAACCUUUCUCUACCGCUACACACGACAGAUCAUCAGACUUCAAAUUCUAGUGGAAGAGUUCUCGGUACUGCCCAGAGUUGA